AUGUCUUUCAACUUGGCCCGCUGCUUGGCUCCUUCUCGCACUCGCUUCGCCGGUGCUACGAUUAAUGCUCCCCGUGUUAUCGCUUCUUCCUCGACCCGCCUCUACUCAAGCACCAAGAGUGCUUUCAAUCCCCAAGACAUCAACAAGAUCUCCCACAAGGCCGAGCACAUUCAGAACAAGCUUCCCUCCAAGAAAGAGCUGCGCAGUGCCCAGCGAUUCGGCGAGUUCGACAUGGAGGGCCGCGUAUACGCCAUCACCGGUGGUGGCCGUGGCCUUGGACUCUCUAUGGCCGAAGCCCUAAUUGAAGCCGGCGCUAAAGUGUACUGCCUGGACCGUCUCGAUACUCCCUGCCCCGAUUUCAUGAUCGCUAAAGACAAGGCUGAAAACGAAUAUGGCGGCGUCCUCGAAUACAUACGCAUCGACGUCCGCAAUAACGUCGAGGUCAACAACACCAUGGCUGCGAUUGCCGCACAACACCAACGCCUAGACGGCCUCGUCGCUGCUGCCGGCAUCAACCACCUCCAAAGUGCCCUCGAACACUCCGAGCAAGCCCUAGACGACGUCAUGUCCAUCAAUUACAAUGGCGUGUUCAACUCCGCCACCGCCGCCGCGCGACAAAUGUUCAACUACCAGCAAAAAGGCUCUAUCCUCCUUGUCGCCUCCAUGUCUGGCCUGAUCGCCAACAAAGGCAUGACUUCCCCGGUCUACAAUAGCUCCAAAGCUGCGGUUAUCCAACUCGCUCGCUCCCUUGCUAUGGAAUGGGGUCGCCACGGUAUCCGCGUCAACUCCCUCUGCCCAGGCCACAUCAUCACCCCAAUGGUCGACGAGGUCUUCAAGCAGAAUCCCGCUGCCCGUGCUACAUGGGAGGCGGAGAAUAUGCUGGGCCGCCUGGCUAUGCCUGAGGAAUUCCGGGGCUCGGCUCUCUUCUGCCUCUCUGAUGCUAGCAGCUUCAUGACUGGUAGCACCCUUCUCAUUGACGGCGGCCACACUGCUUGGUAA